CUGUUAUCACUUGUUUUGUGUGCUAGUCGGACAGAACUGUAUUAUAAAAUCUUUGCGUUUUGUUCGUAUUAAAUUGCAUUGUUAAUUUGGUAUCUAUAUCUAAUCGCAAGGCUACCGGCUGAUAGAGAAAUAUAACCGUUUAUUUUGUACCUCCUGUUUGUUUCGUGUCCAUUACGGUUGCUACUAAAGCAAGCCGAAGCAAAAUAGUUCGUUGACACGUCAAAGCGUAAAGCAAUAAAAGUAUAUCGGCUCUGCCUUUCAUAUUUCCACCGGCGCGCGUACAAGCACCACACCAGUGAAGUCGUACUCCAUCAUUCAGUUCAAAGCCGAGAAGAGAAAAUAGCGAUUAUACAAUAAUUCGCAAUCGCAGUUUAGGCCAUUUUGUACAGCAGUGCUAACGAAGAGAAUCUUACACUUUUGCCGCCGGAAUGAGCCUGUUUGCCGGAGUUGAAGUCGGACCCCCUGUGGAGGUUUUUGCCUUGAACCAAGCUUGUGUAAAAGAUUGCAAUCCAAACAAGGUCAACCUGGGAGUUGGAGCCUACCGCACCAAUGAGGGUAAACCAUGGAUUCUUCCGGUUGUGAAAAAGGCAGAAGCGGCAAUUGUGGCCGAUGGUAGCUUGAAUCACGAAUAUCUGCCGGUGCUUGGUAUGGAUGGUGUGACGAAUGCCGCCAGCACCCUGUUACUGGGAGACGAUUCGGAGGCCAUCCAGGGUAAACGUGCAUUUGGUGUACAAACCCUGUCGGGAACCGGUGCUCUGCGAGUGGGUGCCGAAUUCCUGGCGCGCAUUCUGAAGCGAACUACUUUUUACUACUCGUCACCGACCUGGGAAAAUCAUCACAAAGUGUUUGUGUAUGCCGGUUUUACGGAACCGCGAACCUAUCGCUACUGGAAUCAGGAGAAACGUGGAAUUGAUUUUGAGGGUAUGAUUGCCGAUUUGAAAGCAGCACCGGCGGGAGCAGUAGUGAUUCUUCAUGCAUGCGCUCACAACCCUACCGGCAUCGAUCCGACGCAGGAGCAGUGGAAGCAGAUUGCCGACGUGUGUGAACAGCAGAAACUGUUUCCUUUCUUCGAUUCGGCCUACCAGGGAUUUGCCAGUGGCGACCCGAACAAGGAUGCAUUUGCGGUGCGGUAUUUUGUUGAGCGGGGUUUCGAGCUGUUUUGUGCGCAGAGUUUCGCUAAAAAUUUUGGCCUAUAUAAUGAACGUAUUGGAAAUCUAACGGUCGUCCAGAAGAGCACCGAAACUACUGCUGCAGUCGCAUCGCAAAUAACGCUUUUGGUUCGUGGAAUGUACUCUAAUCCACCGGCCUUCGGAAGUAGAAUUGUCAGCCGGGUGCUGUGUGAUGCCGCCCUGCGUGCCGAAUGGAUGGAAUGUAUUAAGACGAUGAGCUCCCGUAUCAUUGCCAUGCGGAAAGCUUUGUACGAUGAGUUGAUCGCGCUGAAGACGCCCGGAACUUGGGAGCAUAUUACCAAGCAGAUUGGCAUGUUCUCCUAUACGGGACUAAACGAAAAACAAGUUGAAAUCCUGAUUAAAGAGUAUAGCAUCUACUUGCUGAAGACCGGUCGCAUCAGCAUGUGCGGUUUAAACGAGAACAAUGUGAAAUACGUCGCCAAAGCGAUUCACGAUGCUGUUACUAGGGCUAGCAAUACUUCCAAAAUUUAGUUUCUUUGGUGGCAGAUAGAAGCUGAGAAACGCGUAGGGAUCUACUCUUCUCGACAGCUGUUGAAGCAGAUUAUUACAUUUAACUCGUUCCUACAAGAUUAAAUAUUUUUGUUUGUUUCUGAGAUCAGAAGCAUUUUGAGGCGUAUGACGCAUUUUCUAAAUUGCAAUUCUUUUAUAUCUAUUAAAAUCAAAUCAAACGUACUUUUAGCGUGAAACGAACAAAACUCCUUCACUGUUGUAGCAUACAAAAAUGUACUUUAACACCCAAUCGGAACAGCAUAGACCAAUAUAAUUGAAAAUGAAUUUGAAGUGAACGGUGUACAAAUUUUUCAAUAGCGACAGACAACAAAAAAUUUUAGCACUGGUAUAGGGACUCAUUUUUGCUAGCCGUAAUUUUGUUACCGAUAACAUUGAAUCAACACCUGCAGCGGUGAGGCAACGGUUAUUAUAUUCCAUUUAUACACACGCAUUUAGAAUACAUUGCAGGCAUGCUAAAACAGACAAACAAGCUAACAGCAAUAGAAGCCGGUCCUUUCGGAACUCAUAUUUGUUUUCUU